GGGGAAAGAAAAAAAAAAAAAGUUUCACAUCUGCAACCAAGUUGAAACCAGAGAGGCAUAAACUGCUGGACAUCCUCCGGUGAAGGAGAGUCUUCAGAAAAGUUUGGCCUCCUCGUUAGCUGCGCGGCGCGGGAACAGCCAUGCGGCCGCUGUGAUAAUGGAUCGCAGGACGAGAAGAUAUGGCAACCGCUGCAGCUCUGACUACGACGUGGUGGACGACCAGGAAGAGGCGCUGGGCGUGCACAUACUUCCUGCCAAGCCCAUCAACCACGAGGGAGAGUAUGCAGACAGGGAUCCUCUGCAGUCUCCACAGCUCCACGUCCCUCCAGCAGUCCGCAGCACUCUCACCGACGUCUCAGCCCCACACCCACGCAGAGAAACCCUUCAGUCUGCAGCCCCUCCGAUCAGGAGACACCUGAAGCCCAACCGGAGGAAGACCAGAUGUGAUAAGAAGGCCCCGGCUGUCCCUGCAGACGAGGAGGAGGAGGAGAGGUUUCCUGAUCCAGACUUCAAGGAAAUCAUCAGCCGCUUCCAGGGACUCGAUUUACAUGAAGGCUGCAGCAGGGAUACACGACAGAGGACUGCCAAAAAAAAAGCACCCAGCUACCCUUCAGGCUCACAGUCUGCUGAGAGAGAUGGAAUGUCUCCCGCCGUCCAGAGAUACUCCUUUGAUUUAGAGAGUCAGGACACAGAGAAAAGGUUCACAGAAAAUCUCGAAAAGAUGCUAUCGAGACGACUUUCCCACGAGUGGCCUCAGACUAAAGAAGACCAGCAUGACUUCGUCCCGAUGGAGAAGCCCGAAGAGACCUUCAGCGAGGAGGACUGGUACGUCGGAGCAUGUGAUCGGGCGGACGCUGAGCAUGCUUUACACCUGGUGAACAAGGACGGGGCGUUCCUGGUCCGGGACUGCUCCGUCAACACGGACAGCGAGCCGCUGGUGCUGGUGGUGUAUCACGAGAAGAAGGUCUACAACGUGAAGAUCCGCUUCAUCGAGGGCAUCAACAAGUUCGCCCUGGGAACGGGACAGCGCUCCAACGACAUGUUUCAGUCGGUGGCAGACAUCAUCAAGUUUCACUCCAUAUUUCCCAUCAUCCUGGUCAGUGGGCGGAGUCUGACGGGAAGCAGGUACCCAGAGAACUGCGUGCUGACAUGUCCGGUCACCAGGAGGGACGUCCAGCAGCUUCUACAGUGACACAGGCCCGGGGUCCGGACGGGGUCUGGGACCGACACUCAUCUCUUGUUCUUUAGCUUCAGAAAAUGUUCAGAAAGAAAUACACUUUCAAGAGAAACACCAUCUACAGUAAAGAUACAACUCUCAACAGUAUUGCUUCCCUUUGGACUUUUCCACAUUUUGUUACAUUAUAAUCACAAAUAAAUGGGUUUUAUUGGGAUUUUAUGUAACAGACAAACACAACAUGCACAUAAUUGUGAGGUGGAAUGAAAAUUAUAAGAAUAAAAAUCUGAAAACGUGAUGGCCAAAAGUAUCCAUCCUCCUUUACUCUGAUCCCCUUAAAUAACCUCCAGGUCAAUUCAGAACCUUCAGGAGUCACCUAGAUGAUUGUAACCCCCUGUCCCAACACUCCACAAAUGCAGCAAUUCAUUUAUCAGCAUCGCUUUAGUCAACAUGAUUUUAGAAACAUUUCACAGGCAGAAAAGAGGCGGGACAGCAGACUUGAUUAAUGUUGGACUUAAAGGGAUAGUUCGGGAUUUUUGACAUGAAUCUGUAUGACAUCCCCGUCAGCAGUGUGGUUCAUUCACACAGAUUUACCCCUGACAGCGUCCAGUGAGCGGAGAUCCUGUCCGGUUUUGAUCCAGACAAAAGUGGUCCGGCAAGUUUGCUGGGGGCAUGAAAAAAAAAGGAUUUUUCUUCUCAAACCAAUAUGUGUUCAAAAGAGUGAUAUAUUUGCAUCAUAUCACUCCGCGCCGCCUCCAGCCGGCAGCCGCGCUGGUAAAGUCAGCUCCUGGAGCUAACCUGGAGCUAACUUUACUAGCGGUAAACAAAGUGAAACCAGCGCGUCUGUGUGAAUGCACAACACUGCUGACGGGGAUGCCAUACAGAUUCAUGUCAAAAAUCCCGAACUAUCCCUUUAAGAGAUAAAUCCCGGCCCAAAGUGACUCCCAGGCUAGUGUCAGUGGUACUGGAGGUCAAAGCUACACCACUGUCAUAAUCAUUUAAAAUGAGUCACUUUAAAUGAUGUGUUGUUCAUGCAAAAUGUAAUUAAAUGGAAAACA